AUGGGUGACUGGAGCUUUCUGGGCAACAUUUUAGAGGAAGUCAACGAGCACUCUACGGUGAUUGGCCGGGUGUGGCUCACGGUGCUCUUUAUUUUCCGUAUUCUCAUCUUGGGCACGGCGGCCGAGUUCGUGUGGGGCGACGAGCAGUCCGACUAUAUUUGCAACACAAAGCAGCCUGGAUGUGAAAACGUGUGCUAUGAUGAGGCCUUCCCCAUUUCCCACAUCCGCCUGUGGGUUCUGCAAAUCAUCUUUGUCUCCACGCCGUCAUUAGUGUACGUGGGUCACGCGGUGCACCACGUCCACAUGGAGGAGAAGCGCAAGGAGCGGGAGGAGGCAGAGCUCAGCCGGCAACAAGAGCUGAAUGAGGAGCGCCUUCCUUUGGCACCUGACCAGGGGAGCGUCCGCACCACCAAGGAGACCAGCACCAAGGGGAGCAAGAAGUUCCGGCUGGAGGGCACCUUGCUGAGGACCUACAUCUGCCACAUCAUCUUUAAGACUCUGUUUGAGGUGGGCUUUGUGGUGGGCCAGUACUUUCUGUAUGGCUUCCGCAUUCUGCCAUUGUACAAGUGUAGCCGCUGGCCUUGCCCCAACACGGUGGACUGCUUUGUUUCACGACCCACAGAGAAGACAGUCUUCAUCGUCUUCAUGCUAGCUGUGGCUUGCGUCUCACUCUUCCUCAACUUUGUGGAGAUCAGCCAUCUCGGCCUUAAGAAGGUGCGCUUUGUCUUUUGCAAGCCAGCCCCGGCCCCGGGUCAAGGCGAAGGGUCAACCCCGCUGUCACCACAGGGAAAGAGCCUACCCCCGCUGGCUGUGCCGUCACUGCAGAGGGCUAAAGGUUACAAGCUCCUGGAGGAGGAGAAGGCUCCACCUGCAACUCACCUCUACCCACUGGCUGAGGUGGGCAUGGAAACUGGCAGAGGGGCGUCACCCUUCCAGACAUUGGAGGAGAAGGUAGAAGAGAUUCUGCCCUUGGAGGACAUCUCUAAGGUGUACGAUGAGACUCUGCCCACCUACUCGCAAACCACCGAGGCAGUUGGGGUCACGUUACGUGAGGAGGAGCAGACGGCGGUGGAGGAGGUUGCAGAUGUGGAUGCAGAGGUAGAAGAGGCAGUGAACAGGGAGGCGGUAACCCCAGCGGAGGCAGGGCCGGAGGUGACAGAUACGAUAGAAGACACCAGACCUUUAAGCCGACUGAGCAAAGCCAGCAGCAGGGCCAGGUCAGAUGAUCUCACCGUAUGAAAGCAAGAGAGA